AGUUUACCCCAUUUUUUGCAAGAUUUAUAGCACUGGAUGAGCAUGUUGGUUGGACCUGGGUAAAAUAGAGUUCGGGGGAAAAGGCUGAACAAAAAAAGCUGCUUUGCAUUAUAAAGGAAACAUUAAUGAAGCUGAAACAAUCCUGCGCUGUGGCUGAUGCGCAAACGCAAAGGGCCAAGUGAGCGCACACAUUCCGCCGCAGUGAGCAUGAACCUCGGACCUGGGCAUUUCUAAACGCUGGGUAUUGUACAGUGUUUUUUUUUCUUUUUCAGGGGGUUUAGUAGAUUUUUUUGUACCAUGCGUCUGUUUAUGAUUUUCAUCCUGGUGUCAUGUUCGUGCGCACGGGGAGGCUGCGAGCCCAAAAUUGUGAACAUCGGUGCGGUGCUGAGCCAGAAGCGCUACGAGCAGGUGUUUAAAGAUGCGGUGAACCAGGCCAACCUGGUCUACGGGAGAGAACGGUUCAAACUCAAUGCCAUCUCUGUUACACACAAAUCCAACGCUAUUCAGAUGGCACUGUCUGUCUGUGAGGACCUCAUCUCCAGCCAGGUCUACGCAAUUUUGGUAAGUCACCCACCGCAGUCCAGUGACCACCUCACUCCUACACCGGUCUCCUACACUGCAGGAUUCUACCGUAUACCCGUGGUCGGCCUCACCACCCGCAUGUCCAUCUACUCUGAUAAGAGUAUCCAUCUUUCCUUCCUGCGCACUGUGCCUCCGUACUCGCACCAGGCACACGUGUGGUUCGACAUGAUGCGCGAGUUCCGCUGGAACCACAUCAUUUUAAUAGUCAGCGACGACCACGAAGGCAGAGCAGCUCAGAAGAGACUGGAGACACUUCUGGAGGAACGAGAGACCAAGAAUAAAAAAAGGAACUAUGAAAACCUCGACCAACUGUCCUAUGACAACAAGCGAGGACCUAAGGCCGAGAAAAUCCUCCAGUUCAACCAGGAGACAAACUUAACCGCCCUGCUGAUGGAGGCCAAAGAGCUGGAGGCUCGGGUGAUCAUUCUGUCUGCCAGUGAAGAUGAUGCUGCAGCCGUCUACAAGACAGCUCGUUUUCUCAAUAUGACCGGCUCCGGGUACGUCUGGCUGGUCGGAGAGCGGGAGAUGUCCGGUAAAGCCCUGAGUGAAGCUCCAGAUGGGCUAAUCGGCCUCCAGCUCAUAAACGGUAAGAACGAAUCGGCUCAUAUCAGUGAUGCGGUGGCGGUUGUGGCUCAGUCCAUCCAGGAGCUUUUUGAAAAGGAAAACAUCACUGAGCCGCCUCGGGGCUGCGUGGGCAACACCAACAUCUGGAAGACCGGGCCACUAUUUAAAAGAGUUCUGAUGUCAUCCAAAUAUCCAGAAGGCUUGACAGGAAGGGUGGAGUUCAAUGAUGAUGGAGACAGGAAGUACGCCCAUUACAGCAUCUUCAACUACCAGAAGAGCAGGCUGGUCCAAGUUGGCAUUUAUAAUGGAACGCAGGUGGUGCUGAACAAACAGAGGAAGAUCAUCUGGCCUGGAGGGGAAACAGAGAGACCCAGAGGUUUCCAGAUGUCCACAAGAUUAAAAAUAGUGACCAUCCAUCAGGAGCCUUUUGUGUACGUGAAACCGACCACGCUGGAGGGGACCUGCAGAGAGGAGUUCACACCAAACGGAGUCUUGAUUAAAAAGGUCAUCUGUACUGGACCAAACGAGACCAUUCCAGGACGCCCAACGGUGCCUCAGUGCUGUUAUGGAUUCUGCAUUGACCUGCUGAUCAAGCUGGCCAUGACUAUGAACUUCACUUAUGAGGUCCACCUGGUGGCUGAUGGGAAAUUUGGGACACAGGAAAGAGUAAACAACAGCAACAAGAAGGAGUGGAACGGCAUGAUGGGAGAGCUCCUGGGUGGCCUCGCAGACAUGAUUGUUGCUCCACUGACCAUAAACAAUGAACGAGCUCAGUACAUUGAAUUCUCCAAGCCGUUUAAAUACCAGGGACUCACCAUCCUGGUCAAAAAGGAAAUACCUCGAAGUACCCUGGACUCGUUCAUGCAGCCCUUCCAGAGCACGCUAUGGCUGCUGGUGGGUCUGUCGGUGCAUGUGGUGGCGGUGAUGCUAUACCUACUAGACCGGUUCAGUCCCUUCGGAAGGUUUAAAGUAAACAGUGAAGAGGAAGAAGAAGACGCUCUCACGUUAUCUUCAGCGAUGUGGUUCUCCUGGGGAGUGUUGCUGAACUCUGGUAUUGGAGAAGGUGCACCACGCAGCUUUUCGGCAAGAAUCCUGGGCAUGGUGUGGGCCGGCUUUGCUAUGAUCAUUGUGGCAUCUUACACUGCCAACCUGGCUGCCUUCCUGGUGUUGGAUCGGCCUGAGGAACGCAUCACCGGCAUCAAUGAUCCAAGGUUGAGGAACCCAUCAGACAAGUUCAUCUAUGCCACGGUGAAGCAGAGCUCAGUGGAUAUCUACUUCCGACGCCAGGUCGAGUUGAGCACCAUGUAUCGCCACAUGGAGAAGCACAACUAUGAGAGCGCCGCUGAGGCCAUCCAGGCUGUCCGGGACAACAAGCUGCAUGCUUUCAUCUGGGACUCUGCGGUGCUGGAGUUUGAAGCCUCGCAGAAGUGCGACCUGGUGACCACGGGAGAGCUGUUUUUCCGAUCGGGCUUUGGCAUAGGCAUGCGCAAGGACAGCCCCUGGAAACAGAAUGUGUCCCUGGCUAUUCUCAGUUCCCAUGAGAACGGCUUCAUGGAGGACCUGGAUAAAACCUGGGUGAGAUACCAGGAGUGUGACUCAAGGAGCAAUGCCCCAGCCACACUCACCUUUGAGAACAUGGCAGGUGUGUUCAUGCUUGUCGCUGGAGGCAUCGCAGCAGGGAUCUUCCUCAUCUUUAUCGAGAUUGCAUACAAACGACAUAAAGACGCCCGCAGGAAGCAGAUGCAGCUAGCCUUUGCGGCGGUGAACGUCUGGAGGAAGAACCUGCAGGAUAGAAAAAGUGGUAGAGCAGAGCCCGACCCCAAAAAGAAACCCUCUUUUAGGUCCAUCAGUACCACCCUGGCCUCCAGCAUCAAGAGACGUAGGUCCUCCAAAGACACGCAGUACCCACCCACAGACAUCACGGGCCAGCUCAACCUGUCCGACCCGUCUGUCAGCACUGUGGUGUGAGACAGAAAGAGGGAGAGGGGAAUGUUCAUCACAGACCCGCUUUGGGGGGAAUAAUUGUCCACUGAACAUUUAAAUCUAUUCAUAAGCUUCUGCACUUUUAUUAGACGUUGAGAGGAUCCCAGUUUUUUUAGAUGGAGCCUCUUUAGACGUUGAAUUUCGUGAUACUUCGGAAAAUGAAUGCACUGAAACGAAAGCGCACACAAAGUCUUCAUAAAUCGAUGUUCAUUUA